AUGUAUGGCGUCGUGGUCGUGUGGGCGAGAGGACCCUUACCAGCCCAGGACCCUUACCAGCCCAGGACCCUUACCAGCCCAGGUUCCUUACCAGCCCAGGUUCCUUACCAGCCCAGGACACUUACCAGCCCAGGUUCCUUACCAGCCCAGGACACUUACCAGCCCAGGUUCCUUACCAGCCCAGGACACUUACCAGCCCAGGUUCCUUACCAGCCCAGGACACUUACCAGCCCAGGACACUUACCAGCCCAGGUUCCUUACCAGCCCAGGACCCUUACCAGCCCAGGACGCUUACCAGCCCAGGACCCUUACCAGCCCAGGUUCCUUACCAGCCCAGGACCCUUACCAGCCCAGGUUCCUUACCAGCCCAGGACACUUACCAGCCCAGGACACUUACCAGCCAAGGUUCCUUACCAGCCCAGGACCCUUACCAGCCCAGGUUCCUUACCAGCCCAGGACCCUUACCAGCCCAGGACCCUUACCAGCCCAGGUUCCUUACCAGCCCAGGACCCUUACCAGCCCAGGACCCUUACCAGCCCAGGACCCUUACCAGCCCAGGUUCCCUACCAGCCCAGGAUCCUUACCAGCCCAGGACCCUUACCGGCCCUGGUUCCUUACCAGCCCAGAACGCAACACCCACCUGUCCUCCCCACGCCCACUUCCACACCCCACACCAACCCCCAGCACUAUAACCCAGCCCCACUCCCACCUCCCAGCCCCCAGCACUAUAACCCAGCCCCACUCUCACCUCCCAGCCCCCAGCACUAUAACCCAGCCCCACUCUCACCUCCCAGCCCCCAGCACUAUAACCCAGCCCCACUCCCACCUCCCAGCCCCCUGCACAGUAACCCAGCCCCACUCCCACCUCCCAGCCCCCUGCACAAUAACCCAGCCCCACUCCCACCUCCCAGUCCCCUGCACAGUAACCCAGCCCCACUCCCACCUCCCAGCCCCUGCACAGUAACCCAGUACUCCCACCUCCCAGCCCCCUGCACAGUAACCCAGCCCCCUCCCACCUCCCCCCUGCACAGUAACCCAGCCCCACUCCCACCUCCCAGCCCCCUGCACAGUAACCCAGCCCCACUCCCACCUCCCAGCCCCUGCACAGUAACCCAGCCCCACUCCCACCUCCCAGCCCCCUGCACAGCAACCCAGCCCCACUCCCACCUCCCAGCCCCCCUGCACAGUAACCCAGCCCCACUCCCACCUCCCAGCCCCUGCACACCCCUGCACAGUAACCCAGCCCCACUCCCACCUCCCAGCCCCCUGCACAGUAACCCAGCCCCACUCCCACUGCACUCCCAGCCCCUGCACAGUAACCCAGCCCCACUCCCACCUCCCAGCCCCACUCCCACCUCCCAGCCCCCUGCACACCCCCUGCACAGUAACCCAGCCCCACUCCCACCUCCCAGCCCCCUGCACAGUAACCCAGCCCCACUCCCACCUCCCAGCCCCCUGCACAGUAACCCAGCCCCACUCCCACCUCCCAGCCCCCUGCACAGUAACCCAGCCCCACUCCCACCUCCCAGCCCCACUCCCACCUCCCAGCCCCCUGCACAGUAA